AUGUCAUUUGUUGAAAUUAUCACCAAUGAAGAAAGUAGAAUGACUUGGCUAACUGAAAUGGACUCAUUUGAUGGGACAACAGAGAUUAACAAAAAAAAGAACCGAGGUUUGCUGAUUGAAAGGAAAAGCAAACUUUGCUCAAAUGUUAAAUGUCUGAUGCUUCUUAUUGUCUUGCUGGUUAUAUGCUGUCUUAUUUUACUGAAUCUGUACCUGAUCGAGCGCGCCAAAAAAGCCGAAGUAGAGACUCCAGAAGAGCUAGUCAAUUCAUCACUUGGUGUUCCUAAACAACAAAGACAGUAUGGAGGAUCGUGUUGGUCAACAGAUUGCUUACAUGCAACGUCAGGUAUGAGUAAUUACUUGCGUUUCUGUAGCGCAAAACUUAGCCACUUAUGAUAAAUAUGUUUGUUACGUAAUAAGAAGCCAAGCUAGUCUUACAUCUGCCUAACACUCUUCUAGAAGGAUAAAAGGGGGAAAAAGGUUAGUUCUAGUUUUCAUCAGCCUGUAUCAUUUACCACCAAGGUCACUCGAGGCACAUGACGUCCUUCUAAGGCUAUAUUUGGGUUUUGUUUUAUGCUUAGAGAAUAUCUUAUCAAGUUCCUUUCGUUUGAAAUUUGAUUAUCGCUAAUCCGAGAUUAAAAGUUUGCCGAGGAAUAGGAUAUCAAAAAUGUUUUCCAAAUACGUAACUGGUUCUAUUUGACAUUACGAUAAAAAAAAAAUGCAAUCGACGCUAUUGGAAAUAAGACUUGGACAUCGUCAAAGACUUUAAGACUUUGGCUAUGUUUUGAGAACAUUUAAAGAGAUAUAUUAUUUGUACUAGCCUGAUGAAUUUCUUCAGGAGACUUGAGUGGCGAUUUGAUUCAAAUUUUAUCUAAAAAAAGAUUUAGAGAGAAAAAAAUAACAGACCUUUCGAGACCUUCGGUAAGGAUCCAUUUCUCUUUUGAAAUUGCGCAAGACAGUUGUUGGUUAAGAGCUAAAGGUUGGCACUUUGUUGAGCACUAUCCAUGACCCAGCGCGCGUCCUAAUCCCACCCCACAGAAACACUGGAACCAUAUGACAACAAAGAGAACGCGGGAAGCGUGGCAAUCUGUCAAAAGAUGGCCGGGAGCUUGAAUUGCGUUUGAAAUAAAUUUUGAAUUUGUACUAUUUCCGAAAGCUCUUUUGAGACUUAGGUGGACGGAUGAGAGACAAAUGAAAAGUAGUGAUUUGCCUGACGUUGGACUACAGUCGUUUUGGUAUUUAAAAGUUGGUUAUGGUUGCGUGGUUUGUGUCCCUAAAACAAGUCGACAAGUGAGGAGUGAGCAAGUCUAAUUUAUAAUUAUCAUAAAAAAUCUCCCAGAAUCCUUUGAGGCAAUUUUCUAUUUUAUUCGGAGAAGCCUGUCAGACAACAACAAGAUAACAUUUGCCAUAAAAUAUCUUCCCAUGUCACAUCUAAGGUAACGACGUCAUCAGUCAUGUGACUAUUUCCGAUUUAGGUUUUUUGUUGCUGUGACAAGAUUUCAUUAACGAGUUAAAAACAAAUAACAAAUUUGAGGUUUUAGUUGUGUGGGGCAUUUAAAAAUAACCAGUUGACGUAAGGCAUUUAAAAUUUAAGGGGGGAGGGGGUAAUGAACAUGAGCAAAAAAGUCGGGAGACUAGGCCGAGGGCUAUAGAGGGCCAACCUUUCAUUACAUGAUCAAAAGAGGGACAUGACGUCAUCAGUAACGUGAUCAAAGCGUUUUAAAUGUUUUGGUUCGUUUCUAAAGCACCUUUUUUGUCAUAAAUUGGCAAGUUUUUGCUGUUUUUCCCAACAAUUCUUUACGCUGUUUUGUCUCUGAGUAAUUAUUAUUUCAUUAGUCAGAAGUUCAAAAGUUGGGUAAAUUGACCGAUAUUGCAAGUUAAAAUCGAAAAGGAGACCUGCUUCUGAGACUUUUGUAAAAUCCUUUUACAACUUAACUGUUUGUUUGCCGAAAUAAAAGUUCAACAUUUGUUAAUAAAGGAGAACUUUUAAAGCUAAAAGGAUGUAUUUGGCGGCCAUAUUGUUUUCCUCAUUCCGGGGAGAGAGGUCAUGUACCAGCUCCUCUAGACCUAAAAGCUAACUGGUUUGCUACCCUAACCUAAAAAAAUGGAAAUAAUGAUGAACAAUGUUGUGUUGAUGUUUUCGCUCACAGAUUAAAAGACACAUUACGAGCUGGGAGAGAAUCGUACGGUCAUAAGGUUCAGUCGGCAGCUGCGCGAUCGAUAGUUCAUAGUUCAUUUCAAUAAAAGCAAAUGGAAUCACUUCUGACUAUAGCGGACAACCUUGAACUGUGAGUUGGUCGUAUAAAGAUGCGGCACCGAAAAAAGACGAAAAAGCUAGCCCUUUUUGAUCAAAUUAUUUUAAGGUUUAAACUCGAAGCUUUAUUUAGUGUAAAAUAACUAUAAUUUACUUUUACCGGUAUCACUUGUAAUAAUAACAAUAAUAAUAAUAAUAAGAAUAAUGAUAAUAAAAAUAAUAAUAAUAAUAAUAAUAAUAAUAAUAAAAAUAAUAAUACAAGGCAGACGUCUCAGGCAUUAAAAUGUCUGGAAUAGUAAUAUCUUAAAAAAAGUCUGGAAUAUCCGUUUUAUUGACCCGCUAUUCUCAUUCCGGAAUUGUUAGUGAAAUAUGUUCCAAGUAGAAUGAUUGGAUUAAUUAUUAUUCAUUCAAAAUAUUCCGCCGUUUCUGUGGCCCCAAUCUACCAGCUAAUUCUUCAUAACCAAGGGGCCCUUACCGUAAUAUUUGUAAGUUGCGAGCAACUGCAUACCUUCCAUCAGUUCACGGCUAUCCGAAGACGAAAUAGCUGAAUUUCUGACUAAACGUAAAUGGAAGAAAUGUAGCAGUACGCAAAACAUAUUGCAUACGUUGCACUUGUCAAAAUACAAGAGCCGCACGAGUUGCCAUAUUUACUCUUUUCGGUUAGCUUGUCACAGAGAGCGUUUUCUCCCUCAAUAACAGUCACCAUUUAAAGUCAUGGAUAACACACAAAAUUUAAUACUUUAAUAGUAAUGGGAAGAUCGUAUCAACUAUAAUGCCUGAGUAGACUGGAGUUUUGGGAGCAAGUUUAAACUAGGGGAGAGAUCUAAAUUUUCCGUCUAUUUUGUCCACUGAGAUUGCAGCUUUUCCUCACGUCCAAUCCGUAAUGAUUAUACUGUCACAGGCUUCUGUAUGGUCCACCUGUAUGGUCGAUAUGAAAAAGAAACUGCAAAAGAUCAACGCUUAUAGAACUCACCUACUCGAUUACAUCACGCCUGUUUUUGAAAAAUGUAUUUAUAAUCAACUUAUAUCUUAUUUUUCGUCUGAAAAUAUUAUCACUCCUACUCAAAAUGGGUUUAAGCCAGGCAGUACCACUGUGGACUGACGUCUUGUUGAUCUCAUUGAAGAAAUCUCUACCUCUCUAGAUCAAGGAGAUUAUGCUGUAAGAAUAUUUUUAGAUUUGAGUAAAGCAUACGGUACAGUCAAUCAUUCGAUUUUAUAUUGUCAAAGCUAUCGUUCUAUGGCAUUCAAAAACCUCAUAUCGACUGGUUCAAAUCGUAUCUUAACAAAAGAAAGCAGAGAGGUUUUGUAAAUGGUAACAUUUCUGACACCAUGCCAAUUUCUUCUGGUGUACCUCAAGGAUCAAUUUUAGGACCGUUGUUAUUCUUGAUAUAUAUAAACGACUUUACUCAAUCUUCUGAUUUCUUCUCCAUGAGACUAUAUGCAGACGAUACCUCUUUAACAGCUUCAGCUAAAAAUACAGAUGAACUCUUAUUAAAGAUAAAUAAAGAACUACCUAAUAUUUAUGACUGGCUAUGUGCAAAUAAAUUAACCUUAAAUCUAAGAAAAACUAAAUAUCUUAUCUUUCAACCUCGUCAGAAAGUAGAUUAUAAUUAUUACCUCCGCUAUCGAUAGCUGGCCAAUGACCAUUUUGACUAUGUUUGUGAUAAAGUCAGUAAUAGUAUUACUAUUAUGACAAAGAUAAAAAGUUAUCUAGGAAAUCAAUGUUUAACUAGUAUUGACUAUUCUCUUGUUUACCCAUAUCUCAUAUAUGGUUGCUAUUGUGGGGAAAUAAUUAUGAUAAUCCAUUAUCACAGCUCAUACGUCUACAAAAUAAAGCAAGUAGAAUAAUGAAUGACGUUCCUUUACGAGAUCAUAUCACUCCUCAUUAUGUUCAUCUAGAUUUAUUAAAUUUCGUGAUAUUGUUAAAAUUUACAAUUGUUUGUUUUUAUAUGAUUUUGUCUCUGAUAAUAAGCCGUGUAAUUUUCCAUUAUUUCUUGUAUCUGAGCAACAUAAUUAUUUUACACGAAGUGCAUCUGCUCAGCAAUUACACAUUCCCCACUCAAGAAUUAAUAUUCGAAAGUUUUGCCCUACCGUCAUUGGAAAAUACUAUUGGAACGAUCUCCCCCUUUCUAUUCUCAAUAAAUCAUCGAAAAUCCUGUUCAAAAAGGCACUUAAAAAAUAUUAUCUUGCUCAAUAUUGACGGGUGUGCGUGUGUGUGUGCGUGCGCGCGUGUUUGUGUUUUAAUGAAUAACAAAACUACAAAAGAAUAAAGUCAAUCUUGUUAAGGGCCAUGAUUAGUUUUACUAUAAUGUGCCCUUCUCCAUUCUAAUUUUCUUCUUUAUUAUUAUUAUUAUUAUUAUGUACACGUAGUUUAAGCAACUUUGUACCAAUUGGUAUUGUACAACUAAUGUAUUAUUGAUAUUGUACAACUAUUGUAUUAUUGUACAACUAAUGUAAAAAUAAAAUACAAAUACAAAUACAAAAAUACGCCUGUUCCUCAUAAACUAAACUCACUGGCCCUCUCCUCCUACACAAACUCAUGAUCUUUGAGAUUCUUCUCUGCCCUCCCAAAGUCUUUUUAAAAAGGUUCCGACAGCCUCUGUUAGCUUUUGCAAUCCAGCCAGGCUUCUUCGCCCUCAAUUUGUUCAAUGGAUGGUAGACGUGCAUUCAGUUUUUCAUCUUCUAUGCCUAUGGAAUAGGAUGAACUGCCGCUCGAAAUUACUAAUAUGCCACCUUUAAAACUUUCCUGUUCAAUUCUUAGAUUAUAAAGUUUCUGCUAAAGGUGCACAGACUGUAUUGCUAUUGCAUAUUAUAAUGAAUACUAGUGUUUACAUCCUUGCAUAAGGACAUUUUAUGCCGUAAUAGAGGAUGUGAAAAAGUGAAGUGUCUUAAAUAAUCUAUAUUGAAAAGUCAUUUCCCCUUCUUAGCUGUUUAGGUGGAGCCACACUGCAACUAUUCAUGACCGCAGUCGGUAGGUUUCAAAAGAUCAUAGUUUGCGUUUCAAAAAAGGGAACUUAAAAAAAGGCGUUUUAUAGCCACGGAAAGCCUUCUUUGUAAGUGGUUUUGCCCAAAUUUUUAAAUCGUCUCUAGUAUAAAAGAGGAGUCAGACACCCAUGAUUAAAUUUGUUUCUCGCUCAGUAAUGAGAAUUUCUUAAUGGUUUGAAAUGGCUUGUACUUGUUUCUUUUGUUUCUUCAACGAUGUUCAUUGAAGUGAAUUUUUCUGCAGAUCUGCUGAAUUCUAUUGACCCAUCUGCCGCCGACCCUUGCCAAGAUUUCUACCAGUACGCAUGCGGUGGAUGGAUGAAGAAAAAUCCUCUGCCCCCUGGGGUUAGUAGGUGGGAUCAGUUUAUAAAGCUGACAGCUGAAAAUAACAAACUCAUUGAAAUGCUUCUUGAAAAUAAGGAAUUAAAAGCAGUUUACUCCAGGGUAAGCAAUGUUUAGCUUGUUUUUCUAGCACUUAAUCAUUGAUGAUAACAGCAUAACACGAUGUUUCUUUUCACCUUUGAACUUUUUGUGCAGAAAAUCAUACUUCGUGUUGCGACAAAUAACUAUUAAUUUUAUAUUGCGUUCGACAAUAUGAGAGAGCAACCUAAACCGGCUCAACGCGCGAGAAGAAUUCAGCAAAAAAAAAAAAAAAAAAAAAACAAGACUUUUGGGGUUUGGGACGAAAACCCAAAAAAAAAAAACCCAACACCCCCACCGUUUAGUAAAAUCGAAUACCCCCUUGGAAAAAGGAGUUUUUAAAAAGGGAAGAGGGGAGAGGGGGGGAGAAAGGGAAGAGGGCCGGGUGGGGAAAGAAUAAAAAAAAAGGAGGGGGCGCACACCAUAAAAAAAAAAAACCACUAUUAUUUGGGCGUGGCCCAAAUAGAGUAAUGGAAACGGCUUGUUUUGACGCAAAUGUGCAAUAGGCACGCAAUACGUGCUAACGUAAACAAGGCAAGUAAACAAGCGAAGCGAGGCGAAUGUCAUGGCAUGGCAUGAAUGGCAUGUGGGAAAGAAAGCUCUGCUAACACACGGCACUUUAUCGCACUUUUACGAUCUCAAAAGUUAAUUUGAAUCUUUAGUAUUUUUGCCUCAUCGAAAUUUGGAAUUCUGAAGUCCAUGGAUGAAAUAUAUCAAAAAUAUUUGGAAUAUUAACGUCCGGUUUUGGUCACAAUAAGAUCACAAGCAACGAACCUUGAAACACAGAAACUCACAAAACGGAUCGAAAUCCACCAAUCACAAAUCACAAACAAUGACCUUUUGAACCCGUUAAAGGAAACUUUCGUUUCCUCAGAGGUCCGCUAAGAUGAUUGACGUCUGACAUUUUUUUGACGAGAGGAUCGAAAUGCACCAAUCAUAGAAAGACAGUUUUAAUUGCCUGUUUCCUAAGAGGUCAUCUGAAUUUGCUGUUUUCUUUAUUUUAUGUUCAUUUUCUUUUCCUUAUUUUGUGAUUGGUCGAUUUUGUUAGGUCGAGUGGAUAAUCCAAUGAGGGACGAUUUGGAUAUCGUUUGAUCCGAAAUUUUUCGAAGCAGCAGUAAGAAACAGUUUGGAUAACAUUUGGCCGCGACGUUUCGAGGAUCGUGUUAAUAUAAUGUUCUAUCAUGUUAUCCCGGGAAAAACUUACAAAUGCACACACUGUUCGCGGUAGGCCCACACUAAAAAAUAACACUGAGUGUUUUCGGAAUGGACUGGUCCGCGAACUCAAAGGAAAACAAAGGAAAUUAUCAAGACAUUCAAUGACAUCAAAGACUCAUGGACCCCGUAGACGUAAUAACAAGUCGGAAUAUCAGGAGUGUACGUGUAAAAUGGAUAAGAGUUUGAAUAGAGGAAUGUUUAACAAGUUUGAGAGUCGCAAGAUUCGUGUAGCUGGUUAUCAGUGUGACACUAGUGAUUUUAAUUUUUGCAUUGCGGAGCACAACGAGUUGCCUGUGAUAAAAAUCUGUUCCGAUGAAGGAAGAGACGAUUGUCAACAAUUGAAAACUAAAAGGGACUGAGGCUUCUUUUGGAACCACUGUGAUAACUGCAACAAUUCUUUUUAUUAUUUCAAUUUCGUUUAGCAGGGUGACGGUUAAUGUACUUGUUUUUGUAUUGCGUGUUGUGUUUUUUCAUCUAAUAUUGUGACGCGGUACAUGUACGAUGCUGUGCUUCGGGAUUUUGCAUUAUCAGCAAGUUUUGUGUUAGAGUGUUUUGAUGGCAGCGAGGUGACGACAACAGAAGGUAAUGAGCUAGUUGUACAGAAGGAAAAUUGUGUUGUGGAGGAAAUAAAAGAGGUCGAAUUGAGAUCUCGUCGUGGGAAAUUUAGUUAUAACAGAACUUACAAUUCCAUUGGUUUAAAUCAGGUUAGUCAAUUAUAUUUUCGGCAAGACAGAUUACCAUAAAAUCGAGAUUGUAAUUCGAAACUCGCGUUGUUUUCAAAAUUUGCAUAAAUCGGGCGCUGUAAAGAAAUAUUAGGUUACAAGCGCUUCGAAAUACUGUACCUUCAAAACGGCUUAGCUUUUACUUGUUGUGCUAUAUCUUUCAAAACCAUCGAUCAAUUCUAGCUCAAAAAUUCUCAAAGCGGCGGUUUAAAUGUUAAAGCCCGUGGCCAGUUGAAAUCGUCUCUUGUUUGUUUUCAAAAGAUUUAGGAUGGAUCAAAUAAUCGACUUUGGAUCGAUUAUUAUUUUAUCAGCUUGUGGUAUGAACGAAACGUUUUUUUUCUCGAUAAAGUUCACUCAACAAAUUUCGAAAGAUUUACUUGACUUUUCAUGUGUGAAACGAACUGACAUUUUUGUGGAAAGAACUGACUGUUUUAUGGAACCAUCUAACCAUGGAACGAAAUGAUCGGUUUUACCGUCCUGCACCCCCCGGGGGAGUACUUUAGGAAUUUCUGGGUGGGGAUGUGCCGCUGGGACGCUGGAACCCUUAACCUAUACUAGAGCUAGUUAAGCUGAAUUUUGCUACCCUAUACUAGAGUAAACUCCCAAAUCCCCCCUAUCCUAGAGUAGCUGUUUCCCUAGUCUAGACAAAAUCUUCACCCAACUGAUCAGUUUCCUGAAAAAUGAUACCCUAUUCUAGACCCAAACGCUCUGAUUUAUAUACCCUAUCCUAGAGUAAACUGCUUGAAAACCAUACCCUCCACAGCGGCACAUACCUAUAUGGCCCAUAUGUGGCAGUGCCCCCCCCCCCCGGGCCUGCACCUAGCAGACUACCGAUUAGUCUCCCUCAUCUCAUAUUGACCAAAGUGGUCAUGGAAUGUCCCUAUAUUCGUGGCGGUUAUCAUGAACCCAUUACCCGUUUUUCCCCCUUUGGGGGAGUGUGCGUGACAUCCAAAAAACGGCUGCGAGGGAGACUAACUACCGACGAACAAAUUAAAAUCUUUGUUACAGAAAACACGGAAAGUGACACUUUUUGUAUGGAAGAGUAGUCGGAAAAAUACACCACUGUCGUCUGAAAUUCAUUGUUACGUUAAAAAUAGAAAAGGUUUACACUUAAACAGGUACAGAAGUAACUGUAACCGUGUGAGGUUUUUACUUAAGGGGUAGCGCCAAAACUAGUUUUGGAGUUGCUGUCGUCUAAGCAUCAAAGCACAGGCGAUUUAGGUGGAAUGAGAUAUCCAAAUAGGCUUUUAAGUAAGAAUUUGCCGCUCUGUACAUGCAAUUAUCCAUUUUAUAGUGCUUACAACAGUUUGAAUCACCGGGUUAAUAGAGUACUAAAGUGUGACGUCAUAAAAAUGAAAUUUCUGAAAUUAUGGGAUUUGUCUCGAUAUUCUGAAAGAGCAAUGUCCAAGAGGCCUACAUGCCAAAAAUGAGCAUUUCGGGGAAAACUGUCUCUGAGAUCGUAGCCCAGUUAUGCUUAGAAAACUCCAUACAAACGUUUCUAAUUUUUUGGGGGGUCGUUUGUAUGGAGUGUUCUGAGUAUAACCGGCUAACAUCUCAGAGGCAAUUUGCCCCGAAAUCCUCAUUUUUGGUAGGUAGGCCUCUUGGAUGACGUCACCACUUUAGUACUCUAUUUUGGCCAAUUUAAGCUUUGUACUGAUAUAGAGAAGAAACCAGGACCUUCAGUUUAUGUAGAUGCUACAAAAACAAUUAAUGCUCCAUACUGUCAAGGAAAUGUUACAGUAUUUGGGGAAAAUGCUGGACAACGUGUCGCAAUGAGCCUGUGCGUUUUAAUUUACAGUAANUACUGAUAUAGAGAAGAAUCCAGGACCUUCAGUUUAUGUAGAUGCUACAAAAACAAUUAAUGCUCCAUACUGUCAAGGAAAUGUUACAGUAUUUGGGGAAAAUGCUGGACAACGUGUCGCAAUGAGCCUGUGCGUUUUAAUUUACAGUAAGAUAACAAAGAUUACUUCAGUUGAUGAUAUGACUCAAAUAUAGGAUUGUUGGUAUUCAGUUAUAUUCUAGUCUGUCACUGCUUGCAAGAAAAUCUAUGUUAAUGUUAACAGAAUUGCCAGGAAUGAAUACAAUGACAGUUAUACUUGUAACAUCAUCCAUCACUACUGUAUAUGCCACUCACAAGAUACUGCAUUUGAAACACUCUUGGCACUGAACUACAACUCAUUCAUUUUAACGCUGGCAAUUAUUGGUGUUGGUAUCUACAGCAUUCAUGAGGCUGGGGAAUAUAAUGUAUUUGAUUCUCAUGCUAGAGAUAUGUAUCAUAACAGUCAUAGUGAAGGGACAUGUGUAUUGUUGGAAAUACCAUUCAUGCAUAAAUUAUAACAAUAUUUUCAGACUCUACAUACAUGUAGAAAUGAGGAUAUAUAUGAACUUAAAGGUGUACAUAUUGCCACCUUUGAACCUCAUCUUUUCUCAAGCAAUGUUGAACAUUGUAGUAUAUCAAAUGUUAAUAGUUACCAAUGUUCCUGUAAACAGCGCCGCCCUAUAGCAGUUUAUGCAAUGUGUUACUCUCUUAUUAAUCCUUGUGGAUACUGGACUUAAGGAACUUUAUUUGCCCUUGUUAGUAACCGGAAUACAUUGUACAGUGUGAUGGGUGUGAAAACACAUCUGUCAGUAUCAGCGGAGCUGAGAUAAACCUUACUCUCCGGGCUGUAACCACUUUUGUCCUAUGUUGCAAUUUGGCUCCAAGCAUGUCUGCAGUGGAGAUGUGCAUAUUUUCAAACUGAUUGUCACGAAAUGACACUAUUUUUGUUGUGGAUUGGGACAUACUGUAUAAGCUGUGUGGUUCAGCAAACAAGUGGAGUAAAGUAUUUGUCUUCUCUGGUAAGAUAUGAUGACAGUUCUUUAGCUGCAAUAAGGCAUGUUCAAAGUAUCAUACGCGUAGUACGACCACGCCCAAAUACACGCUCCCACAGCGUCUUGUUGAAAACUUACUUUAGAAAUCUCAGAAUCGUUUUUAGGUACAUGUUCUGAUGGAAGAAAAAUAUCAUUACACAAAGUAAUAGACUCGAAACCCAGCCGUUAAAAGAUAAAUUUGAUGCUUUUCAUUUCUUUCAGUUCGUUCGGAGAAAUAGAAUAAUAUUGCAUUUUCUCGUACUAUAAGAACUAUCGUAUUUUACUUCAUUGUUGAAUAUACUGUAACUCUAAUUUCACUGGGGUUAUAGUUUGAGAAUGAACGUCCUCUCGUUGGCUGUCGGGUUCUGACUGUGUCAUCGGAAAAAAUCGAACGUUAUUAACUGAGCAACAUGUAGACUUGCCACAAUACGACUGCGAGAGCCGGAAACGGGCUUUCUGAGAAAGUCUAUAAAUCAUCUUGCAACAAACGGAAUUCAAAUUCAACGUCGUCCAUUUUUCACGCCCAUUCUCGAUGCGUAUCUGUGCAUGCGCGUGCAUGGAUUUACCACUGGGCAAAGAAAUUUGUUUUAAAAAAUCAGGACUGAGCCGCAGGGUCCCCGCGGACUGUGGCUGUAGGCCCUGCUUUUACCAAACAAUUUCAUUCCGGUUAUAUUUAUUUUAAAAGCUACAAAACAGUGAAGAUACUGCUGAAACUUCGCGCUUGAUAAAAAAAAGAACGUGGCUCUGUCAAACCCAUCUCCCUAAUUAAACUCAUUUCCCCAUAGUAGUUCACUGAACGUACAAACUUCCCACUUUAGUGACAUUCAUUAGCAAACGCAAUUUAAAAGUAAACCUUCGCACGCACUUGCUGAUCCUUGAUUACUGCUUUUUGGGGUGAAAACAUUUAUUUCUUAAAUAAUUGGCUAGUUUAUGAAAGAAAGUUUUUUUUUUUCAGGAAGAAGCGGUGUGGAAGGCGUUAACUUAUUAUGAUUCCUGCAUGGACAAGGACGAGGUUGAGAGAUUGAAAGCAAAACCUCUUGAAAGACUUAUCCAAGAAUACGGUUCAUGGAGCAUUACUGACAAACGUUGGCGGGAAGAGAACUGGAACCUAAUAAGUAAUCUUGCCAAGGUCCACAAAUAUUUGGCUUUACCAGUUUUCUUUGAAACUACAGUAGCAAUCGAUAAUAGAAACAGUUCCCAGUACGCUAUAACGGUAAGAUAGCUGAUUACCAGGCAAUAACUAGUAUCCGCCGGUUAAUGCCCCUGGCUAAACGUCAGACUUGUAACAUUUUACCUUUCCUAGAAAAAAUUCCUAUUUGACAUUAACCACGGAAGAAAGAAAUAAUUUCCAGGUUCUGAGAGAGUGGGCUUGGUGAUCGAGACGAAAGUGGCCUUCAAUUCACUUUUGCAACUUUCAUCAAAACGUAUUGAAUAAUAGUCAACAGAUAAUCGAUCUUCUAAAGAUUAGUCAAUUAUUAUUGUUAUAAGCUUUUAUGAAAAUGAAGAAAUGAUCGUCGCAGUGAACGUAAUUUAUGCAACUGCGUAAAGAAGCCUGAAAAAAAUUCAGGACUUCAACGGGGUUUGAACCCGUGACCUCGCGAUUACCGGUGCGAUGCUGUGCGAUUCAAACCCCGUUGAAGUGCUGAAUUUUUUCAGGCUUCUUUACGCAAUUGCAUAAAUUGCGUUCACUGCGACGAUCAUUUCUUCAUUUUCAUAAAAGCUUAUAACAAUAAUAAUAAAUUUCAUUUCCGCAGUUCAUAUAUGAUUUAUUUCAUUUAUCAUUAACAAUAAUUUUUUUAUUCUGCUGAGGCGUUAAUUGCCAACGAGCCAUCCGAGCGAAGACGCUCGGAUGGCGAGGCGGCAGCAGAAUAGAGCCGCGCAAGACUGGGCAAUAGGCAGAAAAAUUCUCGAUCGAGCUGAAAAAAGUGUAACCCAAUGUAAUGUAGAUUCCCCUGAGACCAAGUGGUCAGUUGUGAACCAAUCAAAAGGCAGUACCUGGCGCACGGGCUCAAGUUGAAUAACAAACAAAAUUUCACACACUUCCCGCCGUCGCGACUUCCUGUGUUUCUUUACCUAAAUUUUUUCGUUAAACCCGGCCACCGCAGUCAAGAGACAUGAGCACUUGAUAUAUUCUAUUAAUUUUAGGGGCCAUAAUGUUAAAUUUUAACGAAGAGAAGUUUGUAAAACAGCAAAAGUGUUCUAUGUGCAGCAAGCAAUAUUCUCACCACUAAAAAGGAUCAGAUUACACGAGGAGAUAAGGAAAGCUUGACACGAAGAAUGCAGUCGCUUCUGUUGGAAAAUCUGGUGUUGGGGAAAAAAUCUAACCAGCAAACAAAAACAAUGAGAACAAAAACGAAUUACAAGCCUAAAGCAAUCGACAAAGGAAAAGAAAACAACGCCAUUUUUUUCGAAACGUGGCGGAGUUCAGUAUAAAAAUAAUGAACUAAAAUUAAAUACCGACGUGCCGUACAUCGCUUGUCCUUGGAAACAUUUCAGAUGGCCCAGCGAAUCAUUUUAAGUUUCAAUCCGAUAACAAAAAGACUCGGGAAAUUUGAAAGGAGGUGUAAAUGAUUAAACUGUGCAAAUAUUUAUCAACAAUGUGAAACCGAACCGACAGUAGAUUUGUAGCUGGACUUAAUAAUAUUCCCGAUCGCUUCCUCUGCAAAGCUGACUUUAUUCUUUCAAGGCACUUCACAAUUUUACAUAGCGGGUUUGUAAAGCCACCAUACUGAAUCUGAGAACUUUUCAAGAAAAUAAUCCUUGCAACAGGAAGGGACCAAGAAACGGUCAAAUGGGGAAAAAAGGAAUUUUAUUCCUAAGCAAAAUAAGCAUGAUUUGCUCGUUGGCACUCUAUCGAUAGGUAUACCUAGUUCUAGCCAUCACUUAGUAAAAUUUCAUGUAAUAUAUAUGACUAACAGCAGAUAAACUGAAGACUUCAUAUACUAUAAAAGUGCUCAAUGGUAAAAACAGAGCUGUGAAUAUAAUAUAGAUUACUGGAGUAGGACUAAUUCAAACACACACAUAUAUAUGUCUUAUGUAUUCGUGUGCAUUGACUAAAAACAUGUUUCAGUGUAAUUUAUGCAAAGUAACUGUAAGUGCUAACUUGAAUUCAACAUUGGCUUGUAUACAAUGUCCGUUUAAAAGUUAAUAUUUUCAACGCAAAAUAGGACAGCACACAGUUACGAGUUAAGUUUAUAAAAAGCUUUAUUGAUAGUUUGUUCUUUCAUGGUUGGACUUUCAGAUGAGAGAAUCUCGCACAUCGUUAUCACAGAGGGAGCACUUAACAGACGACAAACAAAGUCUUCGGGUAAGAGUGAGCAAUAGUAUAGAUACCUGAUAACUCAGUCAUGGCUCUUAAACCCCCUCAUGUUUUAGUUUUGCUAACCGGUUUUAAAAGAGUAAAACCGGAAAUGCUUUUUUUUCUUCUAGUUUCGAGAAGCGUACAUGAAUCUUAUGAAAAACCUGACAAGGAAGCUUGGCUCAAUAAACGGCUCUGAGGAUGAUCUCCUGAAAAUGUUUGAAUUUGAAAAAGAAUUGGCAGAGGUACACUUUAUAUUGCCAAUAAAUUUGUACUUCAUGUAUUUAUUUAGCGUAUCAAUUUCAAUAUAUAAGUUUGAAUUUGUCAUUAUUUUUUUACCCUUGUUUUAGAUAACAACCCCGCCAUUUAGACGGCUAACAUUUGAACAAGCUUAUAAGAAACUCACGGUGUUUAAGAUACAAACGUACACCGGAGAAUUCGUGAGUAUCUUCACAGUACAAAUCCGUGAUUUUAUUUCCAGAUUUAUCAGCAAAUCUAGGGGUGGAUGUUCUGCUUACAAUUUUGUCUUAAAUACUAGUUCAACUGGACUGAAUACUUAAGAGUAAUGAUGGAAGAGAAUUCUUAUAAAGUUGACGAUCAAUCAGAAGUUGUUGUGUAUUCAUUGGGAUAUCUUAAAAAGCUGAUGAAACUGCUGAGGAGAACCCCUAAAAGGUAAUUACAAGUCAAAUGCUGAAUGCUACAGUUCAGGCCACACAGCCUGAAUGAGAUGUGGGAGAUACAUGUACAAUCCCGGACAUAAGUCCUUGAGACAAUAGUACGAUGCCUGCCUGUAGAUAUCUGCUUGACAUCAUAAUUACAAAAAGCAGUGCUAGUGUUGCAUGCGGUGUUCCCCGUACACGUCCCCUACCAUACAACGUUAAAACGUACGAUUGGAUAUGUAGGGCGGAAAGGAGAUAGAAAUGUUAUACUUACGGCAUUUUACUCUGUCUUGCACUCACUCAUAACUCUCUCCGUUACAGAGAACAAUAUCUGAAGUCUACUUAUAGAAACAUCUACACUCUCUCUCAGUUAGUCUUGAAGUUUGCAAGAACUAAAGAGUUCUACACCAAAAGAACAUCUUCGCGUUGUUCUUUUUUUUUUGGAUUAGGUCCAAAUAACUUCGCUAAUUCAACUCUAUAUGUCUAUUUGUUUUCUGAAUUAGGACUGUUGCCAAUUACCUGAUGUGGCGAGUCGUAAAGCAAAAAUUCCUACACCUGAGUAGCGACUUUACCGAGCUGUUAAAAUUUUAUUACCUCGAGGCAUUCAAUUACUGGAGGGCGAGUGACCAACACCAGCUUUGCCUGCUUGGAACCUCACUCAAAUUUGGAAUACCCCUCUCAAAGGUUUUCCUUGAUUUAAAAUUUUUCGGGACUAGCAGAAAAAUGGUGAGAACAAUAUAACAUAAAGUUAAUGUUUAAGUAUUUGAAUGUAUUUAUUUAAAAUUUAUUUUUUAGAAGCCAGGGGAUCGGAUUUAAGGUGUUGAACCUUUAAACUGAUAAGGGAUUAUCGUAUGACCCGUUGAGCUCGAAAUAAGCCUUUCCACGUUUUUUUUUUUUUCAACUUUUUACACUGACAAGUUAGGGAAAAGUCCAUCAAAACCACUGGAAAGAGCGCCUUUAGAUUAGAAAAUUGACAAGUUUGAAAGUGAUUCGUUGAAAACUAACAAAGAGCUACCGAAAUUUUACAGACGUUUGAGUGGUGAGGGAAGUUACAAAUAAUGUCUGUAAAAUUUCGCAACUUUGCGGAGCUAUAUCUUCGCUCGCUUAAGAUGUAUCACUUUCAAACUUGGUAAACUUACCAAUUUUAAGAAUCUCUUUCCAGUGGUGUCAACGAAUAUUUCCUAACUGGUCUAUGUUAAAAGUUGAGAAAAACGUGGAUGGGUCUAUUUCGUUGAAAAACCAUACGGCCCUGCUAGAAAAGCGUACUUAUAGACGCGGGCUCGCUCCGUUAGAAAAAAUUAAAAAACACGACGGUCAUAUGAUAAAACGCUUAUUAUUGGCUGAGUUAGGUCGCGCUGGACGAGAAAAUAUUUGUCUCUCGGUCAGGACGCACGGAUCUCGAGCCAAAUAUUUUCCCAUCCGGCCAACCACUCAGUCAAUAAGUACAUAUUAUGUGUUGAUUCCUGGUCAAUCUUUUCUCUUCUACCUAACGAACAGGUAGAACAGGUAGAGAGGAAUGGGACUGCUUCCCGCCACUUUUACCACAAAACAAUGAAGCAUGUUCCGACCCUUUUGAUGGAUGAAAAUAUGCUCAAUUAUUCAUCGUGAUUGAUGGAGUGUCCUUUAUUGUUCAUCUUUAUUCAUUCAAAAUAUUUCGUCGUUUCGGAUUGGCUCCAAUCUCCCGACUUAUUCUUCACAACCAACUGGUGCUCACCAUUUUUGGAAAAUGCCAGCAAUAUGCUAUUGAUUCAAUGGUAUAUUUGCUUGGAAACGAGGUUGAUCGAUGGUAUUUUGCCUGGAAACUAGGCUACUUGUGCAAUAGCGAACUAAAAAAAGCCGUUCAUGGUUACCAAAGGCGAAAUAGCGAAAUUUCUGACUAUACCUGAGUAAAAGAAAUGCAAGAAUACGCAAAACAUAUUGUGCGAUUGAUGUUAUCUACUUUUUGAGGAUUAUCCGCGAGAAAAAACAUAUGUUUAUUCCUGAAACUGUGCCAAAAUUUUGAAGAAGAAAGUCUUCGAGGAGGUAAGCUUGUAGAAUAAGAGAAAAUGAUGCUUAGAAAUAUUUUGAAUAAAUAGCAAAACAGUUAUCUAAGUCGGAUUUCGUAUGAUGUAAGAAUUAUGAUGAUCUCGGAGGCUGUUAUCCUCGAUCUGCAUAAUUCUUCACAUUAUACUCACCUCAUUCGCCAAUUGUUAUUUAUAAGAUAACUGUUUUUCAAAGACAAACUGUUCAAUUUGUGUAUCCUCUUUGAAGAGAUUCUUCUAAUCUAAGAGUCGUUUAGAGUCGUAGUUUUUAAGGUGGCUGGACACAGUUUGGCAGUUUGUGAAUAUGUCAUUUGCAAAUCAUGGCAAGAGAAAGGUUGUAGCUCACAAGCUGAAACUUGGCAAGUGAAAAAUACACCGAUGAAAAAUUUUGAUUGACAGGUAAAAUGUGGCAUUUUCGUAGUCUCUAUGGCAACAUGAAUGAUUGAAUACAACCUUAAAAUUUCACUUUUGCUCAGUUUACAUAAAAAUCGCUCAUUAGCUUUUCCUACAAACUUGCACAUAGCUUACUAUAAUUAAUCAUUAGCAAUUGAAACUUAUUUGACCAAAUUUUAACCGACGGGUUUUUAGAUAAUCAAUAAUGUAAUUGUACUGUAAUUAUUAAUUUUUUUUUUUCCAACAGACCACUUGAAUCUAAAUACUCUAUUACGUUCUCUGUUGAUACCUGGUAAAACUUUGUUGCUUCAAUAUGCAGGCAAUAGAUAUUAUUGGAAAUAUUCGAGCUGCCUUUAUCGACACCCUUGAGAAACAAGACUGGAUGGACAACAAGACAAAGGAAGCAGCAAAACAAAAGGUACACAACGGAGAUAUAAAGUAUUUACUGAAAAGGGGAACUUUUCGGAAACCCUACUAUAGCCUGUAUGCGAUCACAUGAAAACUAGCACAUGACGGACGAGCAAUACAAUCGCGACUCAAUUGACCAAUCAGGGCAAUAACCAGAAAGUUUAAUACCAUUAACUGAUGUAAGAGAACUCAAUGUGACUUUGAAGGCUACCUUACAAGUUGUCGAAACCAGUCAGUCAACAUAAGCAACAGUCCCAUUCAUCCGGACGAUCACGGACAUUCAUUUUUGUUUAAGUUUAGAGUGGGCCAUUUAGGGAUACUCUCUAUGGUUAACAAUUACAUAACUUUAGACUAGAAAUCAUACAUUGUUAUAGGAAAUUAACGCUCCACGAAAUUAAGGUAUUAGAAAUUAACGCGAAUUUAACGGAAAACGACUUUGGAAUAAAGAAAUUUAACGCGAAAGAGGGGGUAACAAUUGAGAAUAAAGGAAAUUAACGCGAUUUUCACAAACAAACAAAACAAAAUUUCAAAAAAAACAGGAACAAAGAUAAACGUAUAAUCCGAAAUGAAAACUUCGUUGUUGAUACUUUCCCUAAACGUAGUGUGCGAAAGGGUUUAGACGAAGAAAUCUGGCCACCUCGAGGGUUCUUCGCAGUUUUACUGACACUGGCGGAUCUCCACCCUGAUAAAAAUAUUCCUCUUUCUUUGGUGACGAGACUUUGAGGCCAAAAUAAUUGAAAUUAAGGUCGCAGAAAUUAACGUUAACACAAAUUAACGCCACUCAAGGUACUCUUAAGUAAACACAGAUAAAGUUUAAUUAUUUUUGCCAUUUCUGGGAUGGGAAGGGGGGAGGGGAAGGGGGACUGUAGUCGCAUAUACUAUCGGUAGUAUUUACCAAGUCAGUGGAUAGCAAUUUUCGUUCGUUCUGAUUGGCUCCCCUUACUCGGACUAUCCUACCUUGGUUAUUAUUCUCUUUUUAUGGACAGGAGUCAGAAUGGCUCCACGUUUCGCGACAGUAGCACUAGUACAAUGUACCAGCAAAACUUUCUAUCAGGCAGUUUCAACGCCAAGUAGCGGUCACUAUUAAACUGAAACUACUAUAUGAAACUCGCAUUGAAACUCCCAGUCAGCUAUGCUUAUUUAACAAACCAAACUCUUUUGCAGGCGGAAUCUAUUAUUGAAAAUAUUGGAUAUCCUGAUUAUAUCAUGGACGCAAAAUACUUGGCAGACCAAUACAAAGAUGUAUGUAACAUUGUUUGUUUACUUCAUAUCAGCAACUUACCACCGCUUAUGUCCAAGAUCGAUCUUGUAAGCAAAAAUUUGCUAGCAAAUUGUUUUCGCUAUUUUAGCAAAAAAGAUUUAAAGAAAACUGCUAUCAGAAAAGUAUAGAAGAAAUAGCGAAUGUCGCAAAAAUCCAAAAGUAAGAAGCCUUUUUCUUGCUAUGUGAAAAGAUUGAGUAACAAAUAUGGUAAAAAUAGCAUGAAUAAAAAAUUUUCAAACAGAAAAGAGAAGAGAAAGAGAGAAAUUUUACGAAGAGAAAAGGCCAAGAAGGGCUUCGUGAAUUCCUCAAAUUUCGCAAAAUCGCAAAAGUAACAAGAAUUUUUUUUCCUAUGUGAAAAGAUUGAGCAACAAAUAAGGCUAAAAUAGCAAGAAUAACAAAUUUCACAAAAUUCUACACUUAGAAAGAGAAAAGGUCAAGAAGGGCUUCGAGAUGUCCGCAAAUUUCGCAAAAAUCGCAAAAGUAACAAGAAAUUUUCAUCCUAUGUGAAAAGGUUGAGCAACAAAUAAGGCAAAAAUAGCUAGAACAACAAAUUUCACAAAAUUCUGCACUUGGAAAGAGAAAAGGUCGAGAAGGGCCAACCUCGUUCCCAGGGUUCUCUCUAGGGCGGGUAGGAGAGAACCCUGGGAACGAGGUUGGAGAAGGGCUUCAGUAAGUCCGCAAAUUUCGCAAAGAUCGCAAAAGUAACAAGAAUUUUCAUGCUAUGUGAAAAGAUUGAGCAACAAAUAUGGCAAAAAUAGCAAGAAUAACAAAUUUCACAAUAUUCUACACUUAGUAAGGGAAAAGGGCAAGGAGAGCCUCGAAAUAUGGCAAAAUGCCACAAAUUGGCUAGAGUAACAAGAAUAGGCAAGAAUUGUUGAAGGUAAGAAAGGGGCCAAGAACACCCGCGCAUCACUGUUUUUCCCUAAUACUGAUGGUUAUCUUAACUGGGAUACGUUCUUGUCCAGUAAUUUUGUAAUGCGUUCCAUUUUGGCGAAAAUGAAAUCAUCUGUUACAAACGUGACACUAGUUAUAAUUACUGACAGUAGCAAAAUACUGUAAUAUUAAUCUGUGUAUGCUUCGUUCUUCCAUCAACAUACAGCUACAAUGCAUAGAAAAGAGUGUCUCCCAGAGAAGGGGGCAAAUUUUAAGCAGUAAAAGGGGGUGGUAGCAGAACUUUUCGUGGCCUAGAACCCACCAUAAGAAUCGUUCCAAAAUAUCAAGAAUAGCACAUUGGGGGAAAGAAAUCGGGCAUUAUACGUGAAUGUUGCUGUGCAAUACCAAAGGUUUUUUAAACAGGGAUUGCCAGUGAUUUGGUAAUCCUUCCCUUUUAUUUUAAAUAACAAUUGACCUAAUUGUAUUUGCGGACAUUUCGGGGUCCUUCUUGCCUUCUUUUUUUUAAGUCUUGAUUCUUGUUACAUUCGUUAUUUUUGCGAUAUUUGUCACGGGUGUUUUUGGCUAGCAAGAAAAAUCCUUGUUACUUUUGCGAUUUUUGCGAUAUUUGCGGACAUUUCGGGGUCCUUCUUGCCUUCUUUUUUUUAAGUCUUGAUUCUUGUUACAUUUGUUAUUUUUGCAAUUUUUGCGAUAUUUGUAAGUGAUUUUCUGACAUAAUUUUUUCUCGAUUAUUUGUUGUGCGAAAAAUUGCGAAAAAAAGUUGCUAGCAAAUUUUUGCUAACAAGAUCGAUCCUAGACAUACCUGGCAACUUACAUGUUUUACUAAAUUUCUGGUUCUGAGUUGUAGCCUGUGUGAAAAGGUAGUUUCGGGAGCAAAAUAAUUCUUAGUCACCGGUGUAGAGGGAACUUGUCUAGAUGUUACUCUAAAAUUAUAAAAGCAAAAAUAUUCGUACCAGCUAUGCAGUCAAUCGAAAGGUCGAGUAACAGUUGGUAUUUAACGCCUAGAAAUUUGAACAUAAAACAGGAUUUCUUGUGUUUGUGGCAGGGGUCAGAACCUAUUCAACUGUAAGGGGAACUUCUAUUGUUCUUCUUGGCGAAUACAUGAAAUUUUUCCUAAGGAAACUUAACUCUUUCCUGGAAAGAUCGGUUUCACGAACGAAAAUGCAUCCUCGCCUGUGAGCAAGAGCAAUUAACCUAGAACGAACAGAAUAGCUUGUUGUAAACGCGGUUAUCAGAAGAAAAAGAAGUCAGCUGCGGCAGGCAGGCAAGUGGCGCCACACACAGUUAAAACACAAUCUACAUCUGAAGGCAGGCCAAAUUCAGAGCAAUUUGCUCUUAGCCGGAACCCAAAAUUCAUCUUAACUCAGCUUAGGAUUUUAACAGGGUUGUCAAUUCAUGGUUGUUUCAAAUACAUGCUUGUUGCCUAUAUUUUCUUUGCUUUUAAGGUGAAAAUAGAUCCAAGAACAUUCUUUGACAAUGAUGUGUCCACAAUAAAAAACAGAAACCUAAGGACUCUUGCAAAGGCUGGAACUAAGGUGGACAAGUCUGAGUAAGGCGCUUUGUUAGAUCUUUACUAUCGAUGUAUGCUUCCAUAACAAACUAUGUACCUUUAAGUUAUUUACGUUCCUUCUAACUGGCUUACCUCCUUCUUAUUGGCUUUAGAACAGAUGAAACUUACAUUUUGAUGGGAAAUUUCUUGGAUGACAUUUUGUGAUAAAAAUUAGCAAUAAAAGGUCGGAAAAAGUCACGACGUUUCACCUCUCCGAGGUUAUUUUUAAGUGCGAGUAAAACAAAAAUGUAUAAAUACAUAGUUUUAAAGGUAAGAAUGCCAUGCACAAUAAAAUUCGUUAAAAUAUGUCAAUGAUAAGUGAUAAAAUAUUCAUAAGAUUGAAAAAAAAAAACAUAAGACAAUGAAGUAAAAAUAAGGCUAAUUGAAACCGAUCUACACCAAUAAUUUUGCUCGGAUGGAAUCGCACUAUUUGUUUAGUAUUGGUUUCACUUCUUUGAUAAAAAACAUUUCAAAAAUAAGGCAAUCAAGUUUGCUCUGGAGCUUUAAUUCCUUAAAAUUUUAAAUUUCGCGCGAUGACAUUUGGGCACAUAUUGUGCUGAUCCCUCAGGUGGUUUUGAUUGUAGUUCCGUUGUGUUCUUCAAUUCGCUGGUGAAGGUGACAGCACGUGUAGCCGACAUAACCUGUAUCACACAGGUUACACUGAAAAUGAUACACAACGCAUUGUAACAGAGAGAAGUCGUUACGUCAUGUUGCCAUGGUAGCAAAAUUUUUGGAUGACAACAAACCGAAAAUUCACUUAAAUUAAGAAUUUGUUCGUGCUUAGCGUGCGUAUAUCGAGUUAUGGAUGCACGCGGGAAGUUUGGAGAGCACGAAAGAUGCGUAAGAGUUGCACGAGGCGAUAGCCGAGUGCAACUCUAACUUCUUGAGUGAUCUCCAAACUUCCCAAGUGCAUCCAUAACUCGAUAUACGCACAGCUAAAAACAUGAGCAAAUUCUUUUAUAACAUAGCUGACAAUAAUGCUUGCUUUUUGAUUAACUGCAAAAUUCUCGUAACGCGCGACACAAUAACAAACGGUUCUAUUGGCUGAUUAUGAACACGCCACAAUCGUCUACUUUGAAUGAAAAUAUUCUUUCUGUAAACGUGAGAAAGAAAGUUUGCUUCUUUAUUCGUUAACGAUCAAUGGAAACUAAGCCGAAACAAAGGUAAAAGAGUCUUAAAGUUCACCUAAAGUUAAAAUCCUCCGUGACAUGUUCGUGAGAAGUCGUGGAGUAUAGUUUGGAUUUGCUGAAAAGAUGUUUACGUUUUGCUCAACGAAAUCCAGAAAAGAUGUUUUUAGCGAAGACGACUGUCAUCCUUCUUUAAACUUAUAUUCAUUUACGAACAUUGGCUGGUCAUUACGGCUUCUUGAGAAGACCUGGCAGCAGCUGUUUUUGUGAGUAAUAAAUUUAUGUCUCCUUGUGUAAUUUGUGUUGUUAUUGCGAGAGAAAUUUUCCUGCUUCAGUCGGAUUGUCCGGAGAUAACAAAGUGCAUAACAAAUUUAAAAACAACAAUUAAAACGGAAAUUUUGCCUUUAAAUGUUGUCGAUGACCAGUUGGUGUCUGUUCUGUUCCCAGUGAAUGUCUUUCGGCCAAAAUUUGCUGCAGCUGGUCUUCGACAAAUUUGCAAAACGCGCAACUUGCGAGUUUUUUUUAAUUCGGCUUUAUUUUUGCUGCUUGUUGGAUCAGGACCUAAAAGGUCAAUGCCGAUAGAAAAAUUGGCAGUUCUUCGCUCGUUUCUUCCAUAUUUUAAAGAGAAGGAAAAGUUCACUGCAGCUUAUAAGACGACAACUUUGCAGCCAGGUAAAAAAAAUGCUUACGUCAUGUUAUUUACGCACGGACGUGCGUAAAUGAAGAUUUUGUUCAUAGCGGCUCAAUAGGACUUAUAUAGGGCAAGCACGCGCGCUAUGUUAUAAAAGUAAAUUCGCAUCGUCUCAUACUUCAUCGAUUUUAUUCAAUUUCAUUUGGUCUCAUUCUCUUGAAUUUGUCAAAUGUUGGCGAAAUUUUCUGGGGUUGAAUCCGAAAUAACAGUAUCUGAGUACAGAAAAAGAAAAAGAAACUUUUUGUGUUGUGUUCACCUUCAUCGUAAAGCGGGCGCGUGAAAUUAGAAAGUUUCAUGUCGCAGUUGUGCAACGAUGGCUAAAAAAUGUGCAAAAAAAAAGUGAUGCACGUGCAGUUGUUGUUUUACUAAUAUAAACUUAUUUCUCAUUAUAACUUAUUUAUUACUUUUCUGCCAUUUUCGUUGCCGUCGCCGUCGUUGUUGCCUAAGGUUCCUUUUGUUAUGAUCCAAAAAUUUUGCUACCAUGGUAACCUGACGUCACACUUUUCCUCUUUAUUGUUGAUUCACAAACGGGGUGGUAUGUCUUCCUUCACCUCGAUUUCGUCCUUGAUCUUUCGACUUGUGUAUACAGGGCUGAUAGUUGCAUUGAUCUUACGACUGAGGUCUGCAAGUUGUCUGCGUACUGCGUCAGCAGAUUUCUGAUUCUUGAAAGGCAAUACGAUUCUGAUCGGGGCUUCAUUCUUGUCAAGAAGUUGUUGUCGUGUUUGUGCUUCCUCAGAUACUUUUGAAGCAAUCAAUUAGCGGAUGGUGGAUUGUACGAGUUUGUACUGGUAGCGGUUGUUUUCGGUUUCUAGCUGUUUCUUGACGUUACACAUGCAUGAAUUCGUUAACCAUGAGAGGUCCAAGUGGCGAGCCUUAGCAAUACUAGUCUGCUACACAGCCGUUUUUAGUGUCGUCACGCAACGCUUCUCCCCACUAACGGCUGCUGAAAACCGAACCACAUUCCUUUCCCGCGAUUAGCCAAUUAGAAUUUAGCUCCCAUUUUCUGGAAGGUGUUCGCGCCACGUGUGCGGUAUGGUGACUCCUCCAAUCACAGCUUUGCUUUUAUCGUUGCCCCAUGUGUGAAUGACAGAACAAUCAAAAUCGUCGCAUGAAAACAAGCAAUCAACUAGAGUAGUGUUGUCGUAGUCGAGUCCUUUGAAAAUUUUUGAGAUAAGAAGCAACAGGAAGCAAGUCGAGCAAAUAUGAUGCACAACAUGGAUAUGCUUAUAAAGUUGCCGGGUAUAGUUUCGGGAAAUCGCUUAUCGAUAAUUUAUAAGAUUGCUUUUGUUUGAAUAAGUACCUCUGGGAGUUUAGUCUACAUUCACAUGUACAGCAACACAAUAGGGCCAUUUAUACGAGGAAAAAUAAGACGCGUCUUAAAUAAGAUGCGAACUGUGCCAUUUAUACGAGCAUGUCUUAUCUAAUAAGACGCGUCUUAGCUAAGCCGCGUCUUAUUUUAGACGAAAUGUGCCGUUUAUACGGAAAGUUCGCGUCUUANCGAACUGUGCCAUUUAUACGAGCAUGUCUUAUCUAAUAAGACGCGUCUUAGCUAAGCCGCGUCUUAUUUUAGACGAAAUGUGCCGUUUAUACGGAAAGUUCGCGUCUUAUUUUUCCUCGUAUAAAUGGCCCUAUUGAGCACAUCCAGCACAUGAAAUUCAUCAUACAUAUGCACGUUAAAAAGAACUAACCGAUCCUGGUAAGAAUCUUGUAGGCCUAUCAAACCUUUUUUUUUACUUGGAAUUUUGUUAACCGCUUAAAACAAACUUUUCUGCAAACAACCUUUUCGUUCCUUGCAGACACAGACCUCAUCAAAAUUCAGCGACGAUUGAUUGAUUUGUCGAAAACUGAGAAGCGUGUUCGCUCUUAGCGCCCGGCGGCUCACGUAUUGUCAAGUUUCUUUUACAUGAUUGGUUUGUUCCUUAGACCACAAACACAAAGGGAAAGGAAUGUGGUUCGGUUUUCAGCAGCCGUUAGUGGGGAGAAGCGUUGCGUGACGACACUAAAAACGGCUGUGUAGCAGACUAUAGCAACACCGUCCACCUGUUCAUAGAGGUUUCCUUCAAACUGGAAAAAGCUCAUUUUUAGUGGCAGUUCUCAACAGCUCUAUCAAAUCUGACUUCGUGAUGUUGAGAUUGUGUUCUUUGUUGAACCAACCGUACAUUUUGUACGUUAAAGUAGAGAAAAUUACGUUUUGAAAUGGGAACACAUGAUUUGAGAAAUGGUAAAGGUGUAACGUGCAACCAUCGAGUUACGGCUGCACGCGGGAGGUUGCCAUUAAGGCACGAAAGAAGCGUAAGAGUUGUUCGAGGCUAACUCUAACUUAUUGAAUGCUAAGCAAACCUCCCAAGUGCAUCCAUAACUCUAUGGUUGCACGCUGGACGUUUACCAUUUCUUAAUUUGACUAAAUGGCAUUCCUCUCGUACCUAUGUUAUGUACCUUCAAACGAAUUCUGGGGAAUAGGUAAGCGACUUUACUAGCUUUUGUGGUGAAUUAACUUCUUAAUAUAUUUGAAUGGAAUUGUAUCAUUAGAGGACAUUUCAUAGCCCCGCUGAGAAACGAAAUUUCUCUUCGAAUGUUGAAAAAUAGCGCUCAGUUGUGAAACAUUUUUCAACACUCGCUGAAGAUAAAUUUCGAAGCUGCACGCGGCCAUGUAAUUCUCCCAUAUUUUUCGCUGCGAAAGGUGCGAUUUAUCAUGUAACCAUAGCAAAGGCAAUAUUUUCACGCGUGAAGAUAACAUGUUCUUUUCACGAGCGAAAGCUCACCUGGUUAAUAGAUGAAAAAGAAUUUCUUUUAUUUCAGAUGGCCUUUCCCUCCGACAAUGCUAAACGCAUUUUAUUCAUACAAUCAAAACAAAAUGGGUAAGAACUCUUUCACACUGUAAAAUCAACUUAAAUUUGCUCUCGUUUGUUUGUUUUUGUUUUUUUGAAGAUGUCUUUUAGCGAUGAUAUCAAACCGGCGAGCCGUUUAUCGUUUAUUUUUCCGGGUUAUCCUUUGGUGCAACAAGGACAAAGUUUCACUGCGUCUACAAAAUUAACAGCCUGUUUUGGCUAGGCUGGUUAUCCAGCCUGCCCAACUGGCGGCAGGCGGCUAGCUCAUCCAACCUUGUACCUGACAACUAAAGUACAAUUAUGCCGUCGCUAAACGUGGCUAUUUGCUUCUAGGAAGUACAUCAAAGGAGGCUAGCGGCGAUUGUUAUUAAAAGAAGGGCGGGGUAAAUUUACCCUUUCCUACCCGUUCUAGCCUUCUUUUACAUUAUUAAAAGAAAAAACAUUUUAAAAAAUGAAAUAAGAAGACGGAUAUCAUUUAUAUUUAUUUAUGAAACCCAAACCUAGAAAAAAAGGAACUCGUUUGUUUUCCCAAGUGUAUGCUUUGACCAACGGGAGGUUGGAUAUGGGCAGUGAAGGGGAAAUUAAGUACCGUUUUAAAAGACGCUCUUUAUGGAGUCUUUACAGGCUAAUGAACCUUUACAUCAUGCGGAUCUCUUAUUUCAGGUGUGUUCAUACAAAGCACGAAACUUACUGCUGUCUUUAAUGCGCGCAUCCAUUUAGAGAGAAACCUGAGACGAUUUCCAGAAACUGCGACACAUGUGACUUAAAGGGACACAGUCAGCUAUGGGACCGCGCUGACCUGGACACUGCUUUUGUCAGUUUGAAAAGAGUUUACAACCGGAAAUCAAAUGAACGCGUGGGCUACAUCUAGAAAUCCCCUUCAAUCUUGCUUAGUGUUUCAUUUGACCCUCGAUCUUUUACUGAAAACCUCUUUUUGGGCAAACUUUAACUCAUCCUAUGACAUUAUUUCAUCAUAUUUGGUUAUAAACAGAAUCCAAAGGAACAUAAACAGAAGAGGUGAGAAACGCCUAGGUGCCGGGCGGGAGAAAUCGCUUUCCUUUACCAAAAUAACAAAAGGAAUGAAUCGAUAACAUUGGCGAGCAAAUAAUCGUUAUAUGUAGUGGGAAAAUCGAUGGAAAAGGUUACAUAUGUUUGGAAAAUCAAGCUUUCUGGACCUUGAACCUUCGGCAAUGAUUCAUGCCGACUCCGUGUCAUUUCCCACUUCUACUCAUGAUCGAAUUCAGAAGUAUUCGUCGAUGUUUGGCUUUCCCUGGACAAAUCCAUCUGUAAAUUUUCAGUGGUAUAUAAAAAAUGUGUGCUGUGGUGUGGCUUAUGGUCUAUAAUCACGAUUUGGACUUGUAACUAGUUCAACUCUUCAAGGUUUGUUUUGAGUAUUCCGGAUACUCUUCUCUCUUUCUGUUUCACGCGCGUGUCUGUGACAUGCAAAUCAGCUAAGAAAUGGUAUCUACUGCGCACGUGCAUCAGCUGACUGUGUCCCUUUAACUUUCUAGCUCUGUUCUUCUGCCUCGUGCCUUAUUACGAACUGUAAAAGGGCACUUUCAAAUACACUGUAAGUAUGAUGCCUCGUCUUUCUCUGGUUUCAGUUUUUCCUGCUGCCAUUUUGCAACCUCCAUUCUACAAUGUGCGGUAUCCGAGGUAUUAUAAAUUAAAUAAUCAUGUUAAGACAAAGGUACCGCCUUUACACGGUUUACGUGCUUUGUUCGCGGCUACAAAAACAUUGAAUCCUCUAUACGCUAUUUCUUUUAGUGUAAUUAACUAUGGUGCAAUUGGAGGAAUAAUGGCGCACGAAAUUACACAUGGAUUUGACAACAAAGGUAAUCACACACUAUAAUUCAUAGAAGAAAGUGGGGUUAGGUUAAAGGGUUUAUGGUUAAGGUUUUAGGGUUAGGAUUAGAGUCGCGGUUACGGUUAGUGUUAGGGCUUAACAUUUUCAAUUAAUCACACAUCUGAUUCUCUACUAAGGUUCAUCUGGCGUUAGUGUACUCACGAUGAUUUUAAAAGACUUUUGGUGACCUACACUUUGUAAACGGCUGAUUACUGAACCAUACAACGAUACAAUUAAAACUGUGAUGUGUUUUGUGAUGACGUUUUCAUCCCUCCCUUUUUCCUGCGAUCUUACUGGAUAAAAAAUAGGUCAAUAAGCAAUCUGAUUUAGAUUCAAUGAAAUUGCAGUCUUCUGGUUGAAAAUGAAAGUUAAUUGAGGAAGCCAGUCAGUAUGUGUUAUAGCUGGAAAUGAGCGUUUAGAAGAUGAGUAUGGUGAUAAUGCCGCACUUUCAACAAGAUGAGCUAUAGAUUUUUUUCCAUAGGUAAAUUGUAUGACGUAAAUGGAAAUCGGAGAAAAUGGUGGAGAAACGCGACGUUAGUUAAUUUUCAACAAAAAUCCCGUUGUUUGGAGGAACAGUAUUCAAAUUUUACUUUUUAUGGGCAUAAGGUAAGUUAUAUAACAGUUCAAAUAAACAAGUGCUAUUAAACCAUUCGCUCCUGGAGAUUUUGCCGAAAAACGCGUUUUGAAGCUAGUCGAGUGGUUUUCUGGUCACUGUCGUGCUAUAAAGAGCUAAAACUUACCACAAACCGGUUUACAGGUCGUACACUUCACGGCCUNUCAGUAUGUGUUAUAGCUGGAAAUGAGCGUUUAGAAGAUGAGUAUGGUGAUAAUGCCGCACUUUCAACAAGAUGAGCUAUAGAUUUUUUUCCAUAGGUAAAUUGUAUGACGUAAAUGGAAAUCGGAGAAAAUGGUGGAGAAACGCGACGUUAGUUAAUUUUCAACAAAAAUCCCGUUGUUUGGAGGAACAGUAUUCAAAUUUUACUUUUUAUGGGCAUAAGGUAAGUUAUAUAACAGUUCAAAUAAACAAGUGCUAUUAAACCAUUCGCUCCUGGAGAUUUUGCCGAAAAACGCGUUUUGAAGCUAGUCGAGUGGUUUUCUGGUCACUGUCGUGCUAUAAAGAGCUAAAACUUACCACAAACCGGUUUACAGGUCGUACACUGCACGGCCUUCUAAUCCAGAUGCAAAAUAUCAGCUUGCAAAGUUCGGGCAUGCGCAGAAAGCAAAAUUUUUUGGGUUUAAAAGUGACACGGCAGUCUUGACUUUUACUUUUCGCUUUCUCUCCUCCCCUCUUUUUUCGCUUUUCUUGCCUCAUUUUUUUUUCUCUUGCUAGGCAUUUAGUAGGCUUCAUUUUGGUGGGAAUAGUUUUUAGGAAAGUUUUUAGGAUCUUAGGAUUAGGUGAAAGGAAAGGUAGGUGAGCAAUGGAACAAGAUUUUCAUGGAGAUUUUCAGGUCAAUGUUACAUGGUUUUUUGCCUCUUUCUCCGGUGUACUUGACUGAAUUGAGCUCAUUCUGGUAUGGUUUGAAAGAUCUCUUCACUCUGCACAAGUUAGCGGACAAAGUUGUCCUUGACCUUUAAAACUGACGACGUCACAAAGGGUAGAAAGGAAGUGGAUCCGUACGGGCGGUUACGGGCGGUUCAGGGGCGAAUGGGUUAAACGCUAAUCUUUUAAGAUCAUAUGAGAUCAUAUGUAGGUAAGUGAUAUAAAUGAUAACCACGCAAAAUCUGAACAGGGAUACACCGCGGUCUAACCGAGUCUAAGGAGAUUCAAGCUUUUUUAACCGCCUACUACUUGUGUCAAUGCAUAUUUUCAGGUUAAUGGUGAGACAACUUUAUCAGAAAAUAUUGCAGACAACGGCGGUGUAACAGUGGCGUUUGAGGUUUGUGUUGAUAAGUAAAUUUAAACUCACUGACAAACCCUCCCGCGUCAACUAACUCUUACCUACGUGAAAAAGGGUAGCACUCUAAACGUAAGAUUUUGUAUCUUUUUGCGGUGGCAAAUCUCAAGUUGACAAAGUUAAGGUGUCUGAAGACAGUUCUGAUAAGUUGUGAGUGGUUACCGUCCAUCGGGAUGCUUUUUUAAACUCGAUCCAGUUAUUAAGCUUAGAUUUAGCAUUGAUAAAAUCAAUUUAUAAAACUUCACGUUUUUAGAUAAAACUUGAAUAAUUUAAAACAACAAGUUUUGAAUUUAGAGGUUUAAACAAGAUCCAGUCGUUAGGUUUCCUUAUGAUUUUGCACACAUCUUACAAUUAACCAUUCUCAUUUUUAACUUGACCAAAAUGACUGCUCUCAAUUGAUUAUAAAAUAACUGAGAUAAUAUGCGCGAUCUGAUUGGUAAAACCUAUGGUUUAUUAUACCGGUAAACCCAUAGAAAAAGGCAUCCGGACCACGAGCCAUAAACAAAACCCGCUAUUGAUCUGCAAACAAAGAUUUUAGAAAGGCUCAAAAACAGAACAAUUUACUUACCCAGCCCUUCUUUAUACAGCGAAACCUCUAUUAAGCGGACACCUUCGGGACCUUCCUAAGUGUCCGCUUAACAGAGGGUGUCCUCUUAAUGGAGGUUGUAAAAGUUGCGCAAUGUUUGUUAGCGAUCAACAAUCAACGAUUACUCUGUACUGUGAUAAAGUUGCAUGUUGUUAGUAUAGGUAAUCACAUGAUUUUGAGUGCAAUUUGGAAUAAAUAAGCACGAGUAAAUUUUUCAAAGACCAACAAAAGUGCACGAGCCCGUAGGGCGAGUGCACUUUGUGGUCUUUGAAAAAUUUACAAGUGCUUAUUUAUUCCAAAUUGCAGGAGAAAAAUCAUGUGAUUACUUAUUAAUAAUAUACACGAAAAAAAUAACUAUAACAAAAAAAUUUGACGNUUGUUAGCGAUCAACAAUCAACGAUUACUCUGUACUGUGAUAAAGUUGCAUGUUGUUAGUAUAGGUAAUCACAUGAUUUUGAGUGCAAUUUGGAAUAAAUAAGCACGAGUAAAUUUUUCAAAGACCAACAAAAGUGCACGAGCCCGUAGGGCGAGUGCACUUUGUGGUCUUUGAAAAAUUUACAAGUGCUUAUUUAUUCCAAAUUGCAGGAGAAAAAUCAUGUGAUUACUUAUUAAUAAUAUACACGAAAAAAAUAACUAUAACAAAAAAAUUUGACGGGGCGUGCUUUUUUUAGUUCAUUCAACUGAUUGGCUGAAACAGAUUACAACGUUUGUCAAAUGCAAAGUUUUACAAGACUGACACGUUCAAAAUCAUUCAAAUUAGAACUUGGAAAAGUGUGAGGAUUGAUUUAACACCUUUCAAGCGUUUUACAUUUAUGUAAAGAAAACUCGCUUUACAAUAAUCAGGAAAAGUAAACGUUCAAUCAGAAUCAUCCUCAAUAAUGAACGCUCGGCGUUUACAAGAACUGGGCUGUCGUUUUGAAAUCUCAGGAGCUCGCUUCGAGCGGCCAAUGAUGAAAGACACUUGACAGUUGUUGAACGUGUUCAUGAUAGUCUGUUCCUGGGACCUCAUCAUGGUCGGAUUCACGGAGAAAUUCUGAGCUUGAAAACCUGAAAGUGAUGGAGGGAAUUGGUUUUCUUUCGUCGCUGUCAUCGAUAGGCCGGCCAAUGUGUGUGGUACGGGCACUUUCGUGUUUACCGGAGCGAGUGGAGCCACAGUUGUUGUGAUGUCGGAAACUGCCAUUCGCUUUUCCUCAGCACUGGGGUUUUCAUAAUUUCGUUUGAAUAUUGCACUGGAGAGCCGUCGUUGUUCUUCCUCGUCGGCUUCAUCGUAAUCGUCAAGGGAUUGUACGCUUCGGUGGCCUGUGACCCUCACAAUAUCUGAGCGUUCAACGUUUGCUUUCUUUAGCUUGCUCACUGUUGUCUUUCUAGCACUGUGAUUCGUGAACUUUUUGUGAAUUUCUUCAAGGCUAGUACCCGCCAUAGUGUUUUUCAUCAUGUUGCUAAUCGUGUUUACUCCCAUUGGUUGAGUUUUGAACCAGAUGUUGUCAUUCAGUGCUCGCAGUGGCUCGUAGUCGUCACCGUUUUUGUUUUUUACUUCAGCGUAGAAUGUUUCAAGUAGCUUGUUUAGUUUUUCUGGCUCGUUUUCCUCGAUUUUGUUGACAAUAUUUUUCUGUUUGCACCACGUCUCCCAUACAUUCAGCCAGAAAGACGUACUCUUUACUGUGUUUGGUUUUUUGAAAAACUUUUUUAGCUCUUCAAUCGUUGUUUCACUUGCAAAACCAAAUCGUUGUUUGCUGAAAACCCCGGCCAUUUUCCUCCGCGUCUUAUCUCAAAAUUUCCGCCAAUAUGUUGCUAUAGAAACAGCUUUAAUCUGAUUGGUUCUUGUUGGUUUCUUUUGUGUUUUUAGCCAAUCAGAAAGCAUUUGUAAUUUGCACUCGUGUUACAAGUUUGCACUCGUGUUACACAUUUUGCACUCGUGUUACAGAAGAGCUGCACUCCUUUCUCAGCCAAUCAGAAUUGAGUAAUUUUUUCGUGUAUAUUAUUAAAGAAGCUAUCCAGAGUUCAAGUUCAUUACCUUUCAUUACGAACUUUAAUUUGUUUGUAAAUGCAAAAACAUUAACUGACUUCAGUACGUAUUUCAAGGACGUAAUCCAAUACUACUAUUGCCAAUUGAGUCCGGUGUCCUCUUGAUAGAGGUUUUUGACGAUAGAAAUUAGCCAAAUACAUUUUAUUUGUCUUUGUCCGCUUAAUAGAGGUGUCCGCUGAAUAGGGCUUCAUGAUAAAGGGAAAUAUAAGACGUUAAUUUCGAGACCUGGCUUAGUGUCCGCUUAAUAGAGGGUGUCCGCUGAAUAGAGGUUUCACUGUAUUAAAAAGCGCUGGUUUCCACAUUUCAUUACUGAGCGUCACAAUUCGCUACUGCUAUAGCUUUUAAGUUACAAAGUACAAAGCUGGAAAGCAGUUUACAUUUCACGACGAUGCCAAAUCGCAGAGAAAGACAACAACUGUGUGAAUUUCUGAUGUAGAAGGUCUCUAGGAAAACUUAACCAUAUACCAGCCAGCAACAAGACGGAUAGUUUCAGUAGCAUUCUUGAACUAUUUUAUGUCAAAAUUAAAUUCCUGAACGAAAGAAAUUGUUCCUAAGAGAGAUCUGAUCAAGUUCUGAUACAACAUCGGCAGCUGCAGGUUAUAAACAAGCUGUAAACGAUGAUGAAAGAUGUCAGUGUUUCGUGCUGGUUUUUUUUUCUAACAUUUGCGCAAAUCAUUCGGUAAUAUCGAUGCCAUAACUUUCUUCAAACCACCUGACUUCACAAGUCGGCAAAUAUUAACGCCAAUAUGUGGCUGCAGCAAAGAAACGUUUCUCCAGAUUUAGAGUUACCACUGACAUAUUUCCAUCGGUCGUUGUACGUACGUAAGUUACAUGCGCAUCGCGUAGAAUGCCCGGUCACAUCCGGGAAUUUAACUGGCCUGAGCCGCAUUCGAGCCACGAUUUGGUCUUUAAAAUAUGGCGGAAUAAUAAGACUAAGCGACUUUGAGAGUUUUUUGUCUCUGACUGUGAGUUACUCGUAACCAAAUCUCAAUGGGUACCACCGGAAUACUUAUAUCAAAAAACACCAAAUUCAAGAUCUUCCCUUCGAUUAAUGCCAGCUUAUCGGAUUUCACUGGGUUUUUCGCGCUAAAAACCAACCAAAAAAUCGCCAUUUUUGUAUGGAUUUUCACUUGCGUAGACUUUCGCGGAAAGAUUACAACCAAAGUUUGCAGAAAUCGCUAACGGUACCACCCGAUAUCUUGACAUCUCUCGUCUGCCUUUAAAACCACCACAGUCUUUUAAACCAAGGAAUGUGAUAAAAACUGUUUUUUUUUUUGUUUUGUUUUCCUUUGAAUUUGACCUGAACCCGUGAGGGGUAGCCAGCGCGAGGAAAAUUUCCAGAAGACGUCUUCGAAAGCCCAAAAAAAUUCUCCGCGUUUCGGCCGCCAUCUUUUUUAUUUUUCAAACUUGUUUCCAGUACUCCUUGACCGUUUUGUUGUUUUUACCUCAUGUAUGCUUUAUUUAGAUGUGUCACGGAUAAAACAGCAAAAUACUAACCCCCAACCGGACGGGAAAUUUUUUGUUGACCUCAAUGGACCGAGAAUUCUACGCGACGACAACUUCGCAAAUAGUACAGCCACUUCGUUACCGCAGCAGUUCAUGAUCAUGAAAAAGUCCAGAAAACAGAUCUUAAAACACCGCAGCUUGUAAAAUGUGAUUGAAGUCCUCCAUUACAAUAGCUGCCAGUUCCGUCUCCAAGCAGAAAAUUACGGAUCGACUCAACAGAAAAUAGCUGCCUACAGUUUGGAUCAGGUAAUAGCAUGAUUUGUAGCAAUAUUUGGCACAAAUACCACGAGUGAUAUUUCGAAAUUGUUACCCAUAUUUUCACAAGCCGUUAGGCGAGUGAAAUUUGAGACAAUUUUGAAAUAUCACGAGUGGUAUUUAUGCCAAAUAUCACGUACAAAUCAUGCUAUUAUUUGUUUAUGCUACUACACGUAAUGGUUUUUGUAAUUUUCACAAAUUAAGCUGAAAUACCACUGCUCUAAGCCAAUCAAAUUGCAGAAAUUUGUCAUGUAGUAGUAUACACAUAAUGUCAGGUCCCUCGGGAAACAGUGAGUUUUGUUUGUCUCGGGAAACAUCAGGGCUCUCGGGAAAACAAAACUAACUGCUUCCCGAGGGAACCGACAUCAAGUGUUUUGUUAUAUUUUUAGACUUUCACUUCAACAGCGACAGAAGAAUAACCGGAGCUAAUAAAAACAGUCGACUCGUCACUAAUAAGAACACAAAUUUAAUUUUCAAAACCGCUGAAUGAAUGAUUUACAAAGUACUUUCCUUAUAUUAUCUGCAUCUUUUUCCUCCACUAGCUGCUGUUUCUCUUCCGGGAUAACUUUGAAAAUCGUUUGCUAUUUAGCUUGAAGCUUCAUGUUUGUGUUGUUGUGUUCAUUGACUGUCACGCCACUUUCCAACAUGCUUUGAUCACGUGCUGUAAUGUAGCAUUGCUUAAUGUAUCACGAUCGGGAUACAUUUGAUUUUAGUCAAGGCCAUGUGAUCAAGAAUAAGCCAACGGCAGUCCCUGUUUUUUUCUACUUCUGUAGUAAACAAACCAUGCACGUAUUCUUUCAUUGUACGUUCGCAUGAAUAUGAGUUGACUUCCUGUAAAACAGCUUUCAUAAGUUGUCAUGUAAUGAGUGCAAAAACUCGUGUUUUGAAGUGUUGCUGUUUGUUGUUUGACUGAACAGUGUUUUGAAAAAGUUCGGCGCUAUUAAGUCGUGAGUUAUGAUUGGCUUAUGAUGACUUUAGAAAGAAGACAUGACUUGAUCAUGGUAAUAAAACCACAUUUUUUACCUCAAAGACUCCGUUCUACUAAAAGAUAUUUUAUAAAAGCAAAAAGCUUGUAAAUCACUCGCCAGUUCGCUCGUGAUUUGCAAGCUCUUCUAGUGUUCUCCUAACAUCCGGCGUGGGUUAUCACGCCGGUAAACCCGUAGAAAGUGAUGAAAGUAAGUCCAGUCUCGCAUUGUUCCUUAUGGUUGAUUUCCACUGUCACGUAAUUUUUCCGUGCGAACGCACGUAAAAUUUACGCGCGUAAAUGAAAUAGAGGCAAUGUAUGAAACGCCACAGGUAAAUGUGAAAGUUAAGCAAGGUUCAACUUUUACGUUUACGCGUCACCUUCAUACCUUGCCCCUAUUUUAUUGACGCGCUUAAAACGAAACUACGCGACAGGGGAAAUCCACCUUUAAGUAGGCAAGCACAACACCUGAGUGGAUGAUGAGACAAGAGAAACGAAAAAAUAUUGUGUUUUCAGAGGAACUUCUGCGCAUUUUUCUCUACUUGUUGGCCGACCCCAAUGGCUGUAGUAACACCAUUAUAUUUUCAUGAUAAAGAUGUUUUUAUUAUUCUCAAUGUUGAUCAAAGUCUCUAGUCUUGAUUUUGUAUACAGGCGUACCGGAAGUGGGUUCGUGAACAUUGGGAAGAACCAAGACUUCCUGGAGUGAUGCUGACCAAUGAUCAGGUUUUCUUUAUAAGCUAUGCAAGGGUAAGGCUGGCGUUUAAUGUAAAUAAGAGCAAGUUUGACAAGAUUCCAGUCUACAGCCAAAUUUAUGUAAAAUUAUGGACAAUUUCUACGAUUCAGUGCGUGCGCUAAAAACAGCGCGCCAAGGUUUGCCGUCCAUUCCAUGAAAUUAAAGUUUGUAUUGCUUACUUUCUUUACACUUACCACCGUUUUCCUUGAUACGCGACUUUUCAAAUCGAAACACCCGCUGAAACGUUUCCAAAAUUUCCGUCAAUUUCCGUCAAUACACGUCAUACCAUAUAUGAAAGUGUUAAUACCUCCACGCGCGACGGAAAGAUGGCGGAUUCGACAGAUAGCUUCGAAUUCACCAGUCAGUACAAUGAAAUGUUCGAAGAUAGAUCCGUCGAACUACCAGAUUUGGAAGAAACACAAAUAUGGGAUAGCCCAAACGUAAAUCUGGAUAUUGCUGGAUUAUUUGUGUUCUGGUAAAGAUUUCGAAUCUUUUUUACAAACGUCUUCCCUACGUGAAGUAGUCUAGCAACACGUUCGACAGUAAAUCCCUGAACGAGUAAAUACACUACUCGCCAACGCAAAUUUAACGAAUAAAUUGCCACCAUGUUUACAUGUAACUUCGACCGGCCGCCAUAUUUUAAAUUUUCAGGUCCAGUCCAACACUUCCAUAUAUGGUAUGACGAGUAUGAUUGACGGAAAUUUUGGAAACGUUUCAGCGGGUGUUUUGAUUUGGAAAGUCGCGUAUCAAGGAAAACGGUGGUGGUAAGUUCCCUACUACUGUACUCCUGACGUACAUGUAAAUUGAAUGCCAAUCCCUUAUGUGUAUUUCUAACCUAGCUGUUCUUUUCAUGUACUUGUUUAUUAACAGAACUGGUGCAGCCACUACAGCAAAAUAGCUGCCGGAAUUGCUACAAAAUAUUUUGAUCACAGUCCUAUGCCAUGGAGGUAUACUCUAGCAGAAUAUUACUAAGGCCGGGUAUUCCGGUACAAAUUAGUGCUUUAGGAUAAUCAACACGCUAAAUGUUAUUCUUUGUUUAUUACUCGAAUCUACUUAGAGAUGUCAGUUUUAGUUUUACUAAAAGCUUGAGUAGAAUAUAAGAAAAUGAGAGCCCCCUGUAAUAUACUCUCCAAACUUCCAUUCAACUUGUUUCUAACUUCCCUAAGAUCUCCUGAAUUCGGUUCCAUGCUAUACUUACUCUUUUUUUGUGGCACAAUCGUCACUAUUCAUCUAAGUUAAUUAAUGAGGAGGCACUUCUCUUAUAGACUUAUCUUUGAGGAAUUCAGUUUUACGACAUUAAUUUGAGGAUUCUCAAAGGGUGAUUUACAGUCGGUAAACUAUGAUAUUAAAACGAGAGAAACAGGGCUUACAUAACUUUUACAUGCCACCAAACGUUGCAGCGCAUAAACCCUUGAGGGGUCGCUUGGUUAGUAUUGUAUUUUUCUUUUGUAUUUGCAGGGUUAAUGGUACAUUGAGGAACAUUCCGGAGUUUUCAAAGGCAUUUAACUGCCCAUUAGGAUCACCGAUGAACCCUAUAAAGAAAUGUAAAGUCUGGUGA